AAGGAGGGAGGCCACAGCCAGCGAGCUCCGUGCGGGCUGCGGAGGAUGUCGACCCCGCUGCGGGGACACGCUCCGGGCGGGAUGCUGGUGUCCAGUCGGCUGUCUCUCGUUCAGUCGGCCUGCGCCUGCAGCCCUCUGCACUCAUGAAGCCCCCGCUGAUGAAGCCCCGAGCUGCCAAAGUGAGGCGGAAAGUGGCCGGAGACAGAGAGCAUGUACUGGCGCGUCGGGUUUGCCUGGACGCGGUCGUGUGUGGUUGAUCUUGGCCAGAACCAGAGCUUCUCCUCCGGCCUGCUGGGCUCCGAUGAGCAGCUCUCGUUUUAUGGGUACAUCAUCGCCUGCCCACUGCAGGACUACGGCGGGAUAAUGUCCGCGCUGGGCUCGGACUCGUGGUGGCGGAAAACGCUGUAUUUGACCGGAGGGGCUCUGCUCGCUGCCGCUGCUUAUUUGCUGCACGAAUUGCUGGCCAUCAGAAAGGAGGAAGAGCUGGACUCUAAAGAUGCCAUCAUACUCCACCAGUUCUCCAGGCCCAAAACCGGUGUCCCGUCCCUGUCCCCUUUCUGCCUUAAGAUGGAGACCUACCUCCGUAUGGUUGACCUGCCCUACAAGAACUACUUUGAUGGGAAGCUUUCACCGCAGGGAAAGAUGCCGUGGAUCGAAUACAACCAGGAGCAGGUGUGUGGCACCGAAUUCAUCAUCGACUUCCUGGAGGAGAGGCUGGGCGCGAGCCUCAACAAGAGCCUGACGCCGCAGGAGAGGGCCAUGUCUCGCGCCAUCACCAAAAUGGUGGAGGAGCAUUUCUACUGGACCAUAGCUUACUGUCAGUGGGUGGACAACCUGGAGGAGACCCAGAAGAUGCUGUCUGUGAGCGGACCGCUGAGCGACCUGCUCAAGUGGAUCCUGAGUCACCUGACCGGCGGGAUCGUCAAGAGGGAGAUGUAUGGGCAUGGGAUUGGGCGCUUCUCUAAGGAGGAAGUUUACGCCCUCAUGGAGAAGGACAUGCGGACCCUGGCCACUCUACUAGGUGAUAAGAAGUAUCUUAUGGGCUCUAAGCUUUCGACAGUAGACGCUGCAGUGUUCAGUCACCUGGCCCCUGCUAUGUGGACACUGCCAGGAACACGGCCGGAGCAGCUAAUUAAAGGUGAGCUCAUCAACCUGGCCAUGUACUGCGACCGCAUCCGCCGGCGAUUCUGGCCCGAGUGGUUCGUGGACCUGGAGGACUUCUGCUACAACAACACCACAGAGUGCAGCGACUCAGCCUCUAAGCUCCCUGACCUGGGCCUUUACUCCCGCACGGGCUCUUUCCAGGACGACACGCACACUUCGCACACUCACACGCCACAGCACCCGCCGCCGUCGCCCGACAGCGACCCAACGGGCCACUCGCUGUAUGACUCUGACAUGGACACGGAGUGCUCUGAAAUUGACCAGCUCAAGUGUUGACAAAACAUACAGAUAUAGUGCACACCACGCAUAUACGCACACCACAGGAGGGAGCUGCGUCCCACUUGUACUCAUGCCCCCUACCUCUUUGAACAGAAAAUAACUGGGGAGUAUUCCUGUGUCAGCGGAGAAGUUGAGGACCGAGAGGUUUGCAGUAGAGGGAAAAGGGAGUGAAACGUAGGCCAAAGGGAGAGAAAAAAGAAUGUGAAAGCAGAAAAGCUGCAGUGAAGGGGAAGAGGAAAGAGAGGCAGAAUAAAAGUGAGAACCAGAAGUAGAGAAACCAGGAGUAAAUGACGCCGCCGCUGAGAAACUCCUCCACGUGGUCGACGUCACCUGCAGUCACAACCUGUCACCUGUCGUAACCGUGGCAACUACGUGUGUGUGUGACUCGUUAUCCUCGUAGCAACUCACGCCACCCAGCCAUGUGUGUGUUUGACUAACUGAACCCUUAACGCCUUGUAUUGAUAUGACACGUGGGGAACUGUACAGGAUUUCUGUGAAUGAAUACAAUUCAGUGUAAAUAUUUAUAAAUGGAUCUGAUUCUGAAAUUUAACAGAUAGAAUAUUUGAUUAUAUAUGAUUAUAAAUAGUAUAGAUAGCCCUCAAAUAUAGAUCCACCCCCUCUGUCAUGUGUAAAUUCUGUAGGUGUUUCUCCUGUGAAAUCCCUUUUGUGUUGGACUCAAUGACCAAAUCGUCUUGUAAUAGUCUCUGUGAAUAACCACUCUGCUGGUCCCCCCCCCCCACACACACACAUUAGAAGCAACAUACAUUUUCAGGUGCCUGUGUUGUUUGGCUUUUCACUGAGGACAGUAGCUUUAGGUCAAAUAGACAUUUUACAUGCAUUCAAGCAUUGAGAGCGAGUCAAACAAUCAUGUAGAAAUAGAUGAAAUAGAUAUAUUGUCUGAAUGAAAGUGCAUGGAUGAUACGUGCCAAUGAAGAUCUCCCUUUAGGCUUCACGUUGAUAAUGCUGUCUAUGUUUCUUAGCUGGCUUAUUCAUUAAGUUUGAUGUGUGUUUGUCUGUGCCUCUGGACAAAUGAGCCACACAAACACCAAUUGAUCUUAAUAAAUUACUUCUUUUCCUUUUCGGCAGAAUCACCCCUUGACUUAAAAUGAUGGAUCGCUCAGAAAAUGUAAAGCAAUAACAGAACAGACAGAGGUCCACAGACUGCAUGGUUUUGGGGUUUGCGAUGAUAAGGUGCAGGUUUUAUGUGUGUUUGUCACUCAGCAAAUGCACGUACUAACAUAUUGUGUGUUAAAACUAAUAAGAAUGCAAGCAAGGGGUAUACAGCAUGUAUACUUCGGUCAGUGUUGCGCAUGGAUGAGUCACCCACUGUGGCGACGUUUUCACAGCUGAACCUUUCCUCCCUAACAUACAAAGGAAUCUUAACAGAGGCUUGUGAAUCGGGUCAGACCGAUAAAUUGGCUGGACCAAUAUAUUGGCCAAUGUUAGCUUAAAGGUCUGGUCACACCAGAAAGUGUCACAAUGAAAUGAUUCGGCGUGUCUCUGCUAAAUAUUUGGCUCUAGAAGCUUGAUGACAUUGUGGCAGGGCUAGCUGAUGAACUGCUCUACCUGCUGAGCUAAACACUAUCUGGCUAGCUAGCCGGGCUAGCUCUAGUCAGUCACAAUAGGUCCCAGAGAUUCUCUCUAAAAUACUGUAACAGAGGCGCUUAACUGAAAGUGAAAGGUGCAAAACAGCUAAUGAAGGGUACAGUACUAUUCUGAGGUAACAAAACAAGGGGUUAGAGGUCAAAUUCUAUAGAAGGGUUCAGUCCCUACAUAACCACCAAUCACUGCUCUCCCCAUAGAAGGUCACUGACCCUCUGUCCUGCUGCUACAGUGCUAUUUUGAACUGUUAGUCAAAUGCACAAAUAUUGGAUACCACAAUAGCUUCCUCGAUUUUAGAUUCUUUGGCUCUCUGUCAACAGCACAAAUGUGCGGGUUAAAGUUCAAAGUUGAACUAUUUGCUAACUAUUUAUUUAUUAUAUAAUUUAUUUAUAUAAAUGUUGGAAUUAACUGAAAUUGAAGUUUGGCAACUUUAAGUGCUAGUGUUACCAGGCCUUAAUGCAGAUAUGCAUUAUUUAUAUUUACAUAAUAUGUCAGUAGUAUCGAGAGAUUGAAGUACAGAAAUGCCAAAACUUUGUUCGAGGUAAUUUAGAAGCAGUGUAUCCAUGACAUUGUUUGUCCACCAGAGAGUGCUGACAAGUUUGUUUCAACAGCAAAGUUUCCUGGUUAAUACACAUACACUAAUACACUUUUCUUUCAAUUCUUUGAUAACCAAAUUAAGAGAUACUUAUCAGAAUUUUUUAUUUAUGGUUUUUGAAAAAUGUACAUUGGCCAGUUUGUUGAUUAUUUAAACUUAAAUAUCAUCAAAUUAUGUAGCAUUACUAUGUAGCAGUAUAUUGUGAAAUAAGAAGUAACAAAAAGAAGCCAUAAAUAGAAUUGAACACUCAGCAAAGGGUUAGUUAUAAUAUAAGGUUAUAAAGGUGUCAUUAUCUCUUUGGUCCCAUUUGUUAAAGUAAGAUCAUGAUGUCGAUGACGGUUCUGGCAAAUAAUAUAAUGAUGAUUUAAUGACAACAUUUUCCUCUGCGUGGCUCCUUCGCUCUAAGGCGUUCUGGGUUCUCUGCUCUACAGUAUAACACCCAAAACAUCAAUACUUCUGAGACAGUAAAGCCUUUAUGUGUGCGUGCUGCAGAUGAAUUUCAAUACAAUAAUAUUACGUGAAACUGGAGAAUCCUGUGUCUUAAAACCCCUUGCCUGCAUGCUCUUGCCUUCCUUCAUCAUUAGUCAGAUUUAGCAUUAUGGAAACUGACUCCUAAAGCUGUUUACUUUAUAUCAGUGCCAGCAUAUGACCUAUGUUUUAAUCAUAUUGAUUAAACAUUUACUUACUUAUUUUAUGAUGUUUGUAUGUGUUAAUGUUGAUGGUGGAUGUGCUUGAUUUUAAGAAACAAUGAUAUUGUUUAUUAUGUUGCACUUUUCUUCUUAUGUUUACGCGUGUUUUCUGCUAUGGCUGAGAGUUCUUAUCAAUCAAGUGUAUUGAUCUGUGCAUUAGUGCAAUACUGUAGAUUCUCUGACUUCUGUUGACACGUAACACUGGACCAGCUGCAUAUUUUCAUAAUUGCAUGUAUGUGUAUGUUUUUGAAAUGUCAAUGUUAAAAUUCAUAUCAUAAUGUCAAUGUGUUCAAAUAGUACAGUCCCUCAUCUUCUGCACAUUUAACUGUCAUAACAUUUUUACACAGCAGAGAUUCAUGUCCAGUUGAAACCAUAAAAAAAACACAAAAUACUGAGGUAAAUACCAAACUGACCUCUAGAGCUCAGAUCAGCACAACGAGGUCAGUCAUCCUGCUGAUCAGCUGAUGAUCAGUGUCUCUAAUCCCUCCUGUAAACUCACUCAUUACAGGAAAAAUUGCAAAAGUCCUUCCAGACCAGUCUCUGUGGUCGACUUCAUCUGUCUCAGAGUUCCUCAGCAGGUAAAGGUCAGAGGUCUGGGGGUUAAGACCGUCGUGUGUGUGUGUCGCUCUCCCAUCGAGAUUUCUGCUUGUAGACUGUAGAAGCCAUAUUGCAUUGUCUUGUGCUGUUUGUGUGUACUGAAACACUUUUGGAAUCUCAGCAAACUGUAAAUAUGAGAGCUGGGGGGGCAAAAAAUGCAAAGUAAUAUGCGAACAUGAUAUAAAAGAAACAAAUGCUCUGUAACAUUUAAAAAAAAAGAUUCUUAUGAAUGUAUCAUACCUAGAGAUAAAAAGCUGUAUGACAAUGGAUUACACUUAAUAUUUCAUUAAAUAUAGCUGUGGUA